CCCUGCCUCCCCCCACCUCUUUUUGAAGCCCAGAGGCGCCCCCCGGCCCGGGCAUCGACCACUCGUCUCUUUUUCUUCGCCCCGCCCGAAGCCGAGGAGGAGAGGGAGAGGGGAGCAGCGAGAUCGCGCGCGCCUCCGAGAUCUCCACGAAGGUGUGGCAAUAUGGGGCUCAGCUUCACGAAGCUCUUUAGCCGGCUCUUUGCCAAGAAAGAGAUGAGGAUCCUUAUGGUCGGUCUCGAUGCAGCUGGUAAGACCACCAUCCUCUACAAGCUCAAGCUCGGAGAGAUCGUGACCACCAUCCCUACAAUCGGGUUUAAUGUGGAGACUGUUGAAUACAAGAACAUUAGCUUCACUGUCUGGGAUGUCGGGGGUCAGGACAAGAUCAGGCCAUUGUGGAGGCACUAUUUCCAGAACACCCAAGGCCUUAUCUUUGUUGUUGAUAGCAAUGACAGAGAUCGUGUUGUUGAGGCAAGGGAUGAGCUCCACAGGAUGCUGAACGAGGAUGAGUUGAGGGAUGCUGUCUUGCUCGUUUUUGCUAACAAGCAAGAUCUGCCAAAUGCAAUGAAUGCUGCUGAGAUCACCGAUAAGCUUGGUCUCCAUUCCUUGCGCCAACGCCACUGGUAUAUCCAGAGCACUUGUGCUACUACAGGAGAAGGUUUGUACGAGGGUCUUGACUGGCUCUCCAGCAACAUUGCAAACAAGGCCUGAUUGGACGAUUCUGCGGUUUCAUGGAGCACAUGGCGAGGCAUUUUCUGCAGAAACGGAGCCAUGGUCAUUUUGACCUGACCUGUUUGUUUCGCUGAAAUUUGGCUGAUGUUGCUGCUUAUGCUGAUUUGUUGAGAAGAGAAAAAUAUUUGUUGUUUCAUUGAAAUGUUAAGUAUUGUAUUUCUUUGCUAGGCUUUUCAGAGAGCUGGUUUGUUAUGUUGCGUGAUUACUCUCUAAAAACCUGUUCCGAUAUCAAGACUGUAAUUGGCCAUUGGCACUAGUAGAUCGUUUAUACUGAGUAAUGCAGUUUAAAAUAUUAAUGCAUCACAAUUGUGCUGUACGAUACAA